AUGAGUUCAAAGUGCUGCAACAUCUUUCCCCUUUGUACCAGCGCCAGUGAAGAGCGAGACGUGGAACGGUGCAGCGGAUCGAACUGGUUCACCAAACCACACUCCCGGCGGAAGAGUGGGAAAAAAGUGAAGGUAACAUUCUCGGACCAGCUCGAUACGGACAGUUCCGGUAGCAGUAGUGUACCGACCACACCGAGCCCUUCCGUGUCCGCCCAGCAUCGGUGGCGCUAUCUGGAGCAAUUCUUCGUUCCAUCCGCUAGCAGCAACAGUAAUUCCGGAGCGGCCGGGAAUCGAUCCACGUCAGAGUUUGAUCGUGCUAGUAGCUUCCGGCAGAGUAAUACGAGCUACGGAUCGGUUGGUAGCAGUGGACCGUAUAAUAGACGGGCACCGCCACAGCGCAAAAUAGGACAGAAGAUGGCCGACUGCGAGAAGGAGGAAGCCCUAAAUCUGCAGGUGGAAUUCGAGUGGGUACUGCACGAGGAGGUACAUUCAGUGCUGAAGCAACUGCACGUUAUCCUGGUGGAGUGUGCCCACCGCUUUCCGGUUCCGCUGUACGGUAACGAGGGCAAGAAGCAGGACAAGUUUGUGCUUACAGCCGCACCGGAACAGCUGAAGUGUAUCGUCACGCUAACCGGGGACAGCAUAACACACGCGGACAUCAACUUCAAGGUACAGCGCCAACAGCAACAAAUCCAGCGUACCUCCAUCACCCAGGACUACCCGUGGAAGAUACAGCAGGUGCAGGAUGCGGCCAACCAUCUGCAGCAAGCGAUCAACCACAUCGACAACGUGGACAGUGCGUACCAUUUCAAAACAUCCGACGAGGUGUUGCACAUACUGGGCAACAUUCUGGGAGCGCUGCAGCGUGGCCGCACCUCGCUCGUGGUUCCACGCAAGAAGCCAAUCGAUGAGCUGAUGAAGAGCCGUAACAUGAAAGCGCUCUCGCCGAACCUGCCCGAAGAUCUGGCGAUCAGCUUUUACAUACAGAGCCACAAGCUCAUCUUCGUUGCGUACCAGCUGACGAACUUUCAGGGCACGAUGAAGUUUGAUUCCUGCCAGGCAGAAUGUUCCGUGCCAUGGUUAAACGAGGUGCUGGUGCUGUUUACCGUUGCGUUGCAGUUGUGCCAGCAGCUGAAGGAUAAGAUAUCAGUAUUCUCACAGUAUAAGGACUUCACAGUUGGUUCCCGUUCACCCUCGGCUCUGUCCUACUGAUGCCGGGUCCACUCAAGCAACGGUUGCAUACCAUGCCCAUCGUAGACAUAGACAAAACCGUCCUUCGUUUUGGUCAUCGUGUUCGUGAGGUGUAUUAAGCAGUGAACUGGCAAAAUCGAUGGCAGGAUAUGGUUACAACCGUUCUUCUGAAAGACUUGCAGACAAUUUUCACCUCUCCCUCAUUCGCCCUCCUCACUACUCUGCAGAAACUCAUGUUGUUGAUGCGUUGAUACUUGAUGUUUGUUAUAUCCAAAGCGCUACCCGUUGUUAUUGCAAUUAGAUUAAGCAGAUUAAAGUCGAGUGGCAUCGUAUUUAGGGCUACACCGAUGCACAGUGCGCAUCAUUAUACCCGCUGUUUAACUGUCAUCCUAGCUCGCCACGAAAUGCGAUUCCUUGUGCCAUGAUUUUGCAAACAGGCGGACCGGUAGAUGGAGCAAUAAAAUCUGAUUGGCCCCUGUUGUGAGUGUGUUCGAUGAUGGGAGUUUGAGAAAUCGGUAUAGUACCGUGUGUUGUACCGGUAUUGCAAAAAAGGGAGCUCCGUUAAGAAAAAAGUGUAUGAUUGGCAUCCCAUAAGUGUUACGGUAGUAAAGGUAGGAAACGCAAAACCAUACAAAAUCCAUUCCUAUUACCCUGCACCUUUAGAAGACGUAUCUGUACUUAUGUAUAUGGCAGGAAAGAUUGAAAGGCGCAAAACUAAGCAAACAAAACAAACUAACAAACUCUAAUGCUAACCAGAAAAAGUAGUUUGCCAAAUAACCGAAUUACAAAAUACAAAAGAAAGCAAAAGAAAUACUGCAAUGUAACCAUCAAACAGAAAAGGAAUUAUAAGAGAACCAUUGCUAUCGAUCUACCCGCCAGAGGCGACAGUUUGUCGUUUGGUUAAUGAUGUAAUUAUACAACACUGAACAUGUGAUAACGCCAAAAAAGCCAGAACAAAUGCUAAAAUAAUAUUAUUAGGCGAAAAAAAGGGUAGAACCGCACGGUGCAGCCGCAUAUAUGCACCGUUUACAAUAUGACUGAUGUUUACGUCAUUGGACUAGCUGAAUCUCAAAAAAAAAGAAAUGCGAGAAAAACAGAAAAAAACACGAGUUAUUGCUUAAACGAGUUGGGCUUUUACGAGGUUUAAAAUUUUUGGGUAUUGCGUGUGACAAAAUUUAGCUAGGCUAGGACAAACAUUGGAGCUUAAUUGUUUGUUUGGUUUGUAGCUUAUUUUUUCAGUCAUUAGUUCAGUAAGUGAUGCUCGAUCGUAAUGGGCAUAUGGGCACUUGUUUUGCGUUUUUAAAUUAAAUUUUACUUACGGUAACAA